AUGUCCGCUGACGCUAAUUCUGAAGACUCUUUGUACCCAAUUGCGGUACUGAUCGACGAAUUGCGAAAUGACGAUGUUCAAUUGCGUCUCAACUCGAUCAAAAAACUAUCCACCAUUGCGUUCGCUCUCGGCACGGACAGAACAAGGACGGAGCUGAUCCCUUUUCUGACGGACACCAUCUAUGAUGAAGACGAGGUACUAUUGGCGUUGGCGGAGCAACUGGGACAGUUCACAGCAAUGGUUGGAGGACCGGACCACGUAUGUUGUUUGCUUCCGCCUCUGGAAAGUUUGGCGUCCGUUGAAGAAACUGUCGUGAGGGACAAAGCGACGGAAUCUCUCAGACUUCUCGCUGCACAGCAUAGCGUGGCUGAUUUGGAAAGUCAGUUCGUCCCCUUGAUUCGUCGUUUAUCAACUGGGGAUUGGUUUACGUCGCGAACAUCCGCGUGUGGGCUUUUCUCUGUCGCCUAUCCCCGAGUUUCAACAUCUCUAAAGGCUGAACUUCGAGGUCACUUCCGACAACUUUGUCAAGACGAUACUCCGAUGGUUCGUCGUGCGGCCGCUUGCAAGCUCGGAGAAUUCGCACAAGUGGUGGAAAUAGAGUUUUUGAAAUCAGACCUGAUCCCGAUGUUCGUAAAUUUAGCGAGUGACGAACAAGAUUCAGUGCGUCUUUUGGCCGUCGACGGAUGCGUGGCAAUUGCGAGACUGCUGACGAAAAAUGGGAAUCCCGACGAUACCGCGGGAUACAUUAUGCCUACAUUGAAAGCCAGCGCCGAGGACAAGUCGUGGAGAGUUAGGUUUAUGGUCGCUGAGAAGUUCACUGAUCUUCAAGAAGCUGUCGGAGAAGAGCUGUCGAAAACGGAACUUGUCGGUCAUUUCUGUGCGUUAUUGAAGGACGUCGAAGCAGAGGUUCGCGCUGCUGCAGCGCACAAGGUGAAAGAUUUCUGUCAGCUUCUGCCGGCGGACUGUAGAGAAAACCUGAUCAUGACGCAACUUUUGCCUUGUGUGAAAGACCUUGUCGCUGACCCAAAUCAACACGUGAAGUCUGCACUGGCUUCAGUGAUAAUGGGUCUUUCGCCGAUUGUUGGCAAGACUCAUACAGUGGAGCAUCUUCUUCCUCUGUAUUUGUCCCAGCUGAAGGCAAAUGAGUGUCCAGAAGUCAGAUUGAACAUAAUUUCUCAUCUGGAUUGCGUAAACGAGGUUAUUGGAAUCCAGGAGCUAAGCCAAAGUUUGUUACCCGCUAUUGUGGAACUCGCCGAAGACAGCAAGUGGCGUGUUCGGUUGGCUAUAAUCGAGUACAUGCCACUUUUGGCUGGUCAGCUUGGAGUUGACUUUUUCAACGAGAAGCUUGCUUAUCUUUGCAUGGCGUGGCUCGUAGAUCACGUCUAUGCCAUCAGAGAAGCCGCCACUUUGAACCUGAAGAAGUUAGUGGAACAGUUUGGCCCAGACUGGGCCAAAAACACCGUAAUACCCAAGGUGGCGAAGAUGGCAAGCGAUGCAAAUUAUCUGCACAGGAUGACUUGUCUGUUUUGUGUAAAUGUACUUGCUGAACCGUGUGGAACGGAGCUUGCCUCCAAACUUUUGCUGCCCACUGUCAUCUCUUUGACCUCCGACAGCGUUGCGAAUGUUAGGUUCAAUGUUGCAAAAACUCUGCAGAAAAUUUUCCCGCACGUCGAGACAACAGUGCUGCAGAUGCAGAUAAAACCAUCCCUGGAAAAGCUGCUUGUGGACUCUGACUUCGACGUGCGUUACUUUGCAUCUGAAGCGAUCGAUGCCAUUUCGAACCGUGUUGAACAGGCCCCGAAUGCCAUCGCUACUGCCUAAAACGAAAAAAAGCACUGUUCAUUAUAAUACCUCUCUGUCCCCCUUGUGUACAUAGUGACUCACAUUCCUCUGCCAGAUGAAGUGUUUAUCCCCCUUUGGAACUCCUACAGGAAUUCGACGUGUAAUAACGAAUUUUUUCUGCCGGGAAAAAGAAAAAAGAGAUCAGUCGUUUGCCGUUUUGCGCCCUCGUCAUCUGUUACUGUUGCAGCCGGGAUGCUUUUAGAUAUGGAUGUUUUCAAGCGUACUCAAGUCAAUCGCGUCGAGAUGGCUCAUUUCGAUCGUCGGAAAAGUUACUUGAGCCAUUUUUCUUUUCUCAUUUGCGGUAAAGAAUCGUAGCGGUAAACGAGGAUUGCGUAGGUUUUAGCGAUUUAUGAUUGGAGAUGUCUAUGCAAAAAAAAAGAAAGGUGUGUUUUCAAGAAA